CAAUGAGUGCACGCGCUAAGCGAACCGCGACCAGCACGAUGCGCGAGAGUACUUUUUUAAAGAGCACUCGAGAGUAGUCAUUAACUGGUGCACCGUUGGGAGUGAACGCGACGUGUGCAAUACGGGCGUGAAAGUGUAAUGGACAGUGCGCGGCCUCGGCGAUGCUGUCUGUGAGCAAGCCGGUGUCUUUAGUCCAGCAGAAGAAGCAACAGUGGGCGCGAGAAAGAGAAGAAAUGUCACAACUUUAUCUACCAUGGGGCGUAAGCGAUAGGCAAAGCAACCGUUUACAAAACCGCAAUCAAUUCGCAAGCACACUAGAACUACAUAAAGCAUACUAUCCAGAAACAGAUACACAACGCCAACGGAGUCCAAGCUUACCGCCAAUUCACCAUCUAGAAGUAAAUAAGACUGCUGCUGAUGACAGAAAGACUAGAGGUGUAGUCAACAGGAAUAUACCCAGUGCACAAAGAUUUUCAUUUUACGACGAGGACGCUGAAGGCGAUACUUCUGGUUACGGCAGUGAAACAAUUAAUCAUAACACAAAGGCCAUGUCGGAUAGAUUGCCCGCGGCCAAUAAUAAAUACAGUAAUGACGCCGUUGUUGCAUGGCAACAGAAUGGGAAAGAAAUUCCACAAAAGGCCCAAAACGACCGUACAGGAAUGACAGAAACGUGGUCAGCAAGAAGUUCGGGCGCCGAAGAAGGAAGACCCCGUUGGGGCGACCGAGGAGUCGCUACAGGUCGUCUUUGGGAACCAACUGCUCCAAAUGCAAGGUUACCUCAGGUGCCUAAUCAAAACAAGAGUACACCAGCGUGGGUAGAACGGGGAUUAAAUAUGAUAGAAAACACAUCUGACAUGCUUGUCAUAGACCAAGGAAGUUCAAGUAAUUCAAGACUAGAAUUUGAUAAAUCUUCUUGCAAUGGCAGUGAUGAAGGAAGAACAUACCUUCGUGGGCAAAAUGUUCCUUUAGAACCUGAAAUAAAAGCACAGAGAGAAACGAAACGAAUUAAGGCAUUAGAACUUCAAUCGGCUAUUUUAAGUCAAUUAGAAGAGCGUGAAAAACAGAAACAGGACGAAAAAGAAAGAAGGCUACGAGAAGAAAGACUCGAAGAACUAAGAAUUCAAAGACAGCAGGACGAAGAUAGGAUGAAAGUUGAAGAAGAAAAACGAAGAAAUGACGAAAGGCUAAAAAAUGAACAAAAAAAAAUUGACGCUUUAAAAAAGGCACUCGAGGAUGCCGAAAAAAAAGCAAGGCUCGAAAAAGAAAAACGGUUCAAGUGUCAUAAACAAGCUGUGUGUGGAAGUGUAUUCAGUGAAAAUAACAAUAUAGAAAAAAUCAAUGAAAAACAAUGUGAAUCCGUUCAAUGUAGUCCUAAAAAAAUAGCAAGUCCUACAAAAUCAAGUAGGACGUACGAUGUACAUUCGGCUUACAGCCAAAAAAAGGACAAUAUAUCUCAACCGACGUCUCCCUUGAAUUCACCUCGAUCUAUUGGAAAUGGAAACUUAAACCUAUACAUACACACGGUGCCACCGCUAAAAUUAGCCGAUAACCAAUUUAAUAUACUACCAAUUGGAAUUGCCAAUCCAAGUGAAAACAAUUGUCAACCAAAUAGUAUACAACUAGCAGUAUUAGUUCCGCAAAAUUUUAAUAAUAGUUAUUACAGUUUAUCACUUCAUUCAAGCACACCCGAAGAUGGGUCCAACCUAGGCAAAGUAUUGACCCCUAGUAAAUAUCGCAGUAUGAAAACGAAAGAUGUUUCUACACAAACUGAUGAUCAGCUAUGUAAGGACAGAAUAAACGUUGAUGGAACAGACAGAUGUGGAGAUAAUGUCUACGUAAAUAUAGAUGAAGAUGCUCCACAGGAAACAAAUAAUACAAAGAAGGACCGUCGCUUACGUUAUGAUAACAAAUUCAGAAAGGAGAUAGAAAAUCGACCUAAAUGGGGAGCGAACCGCCCUCAAGCUCAGUACAAAAAGCAAAGUGAAAAAGAUCCAUUCUACACACAAAAGCGUAAAUUACGCCAGAAAUGCAAACCUACAGUAAGAGAAUAUUUAUCCCAAUCUAGUGAAGAUAGCAGAUCACCUAGUCCAUUGGCUAGUACUGAUAAAAACUCAGAAAAUUGGCUCAAGCCGCGAUACUCUUUGAGUCAAUCUUAUUGGAAUGCUAAAAACAAUAGUCGAGAUAUAUCAAUUGCUAAUGAUGAAUGUGAGAAUGAAACCAAAUAUUCGUCAGAUUUUAUUUCCCUUUCACAGAUAUCAAAUAAAGAUGAUACUAAAGGAACAAAGAUGUCUCCAUCAAAACGUUUAACUCUUUCGCAAAAGUUCAUCAAUGAUAAAUACGGAAGCAGGCGAUUGUGGCCUGAAGAGGCAAUCGGUAAAAUCACAAAAUAUAAUACUGAUAUUGAUCUACCUAAAAGAAUCUGUUAGAA